AACAGUGAUAUUCGGCAUUCGCAAUGAAAAAGAUUAUAAUAAUACCUAUGUCUGCGUGUUUUUUAUCGUAGCUUGUUAAUUUGUGUUUUGUAUUUUAUUUAGAACAGCACACAUCGCGUUGUCACUUCUGUUUAAUUAAUUUCAAAUACCUACUAAUGACGUUUCAACGAAUAUUGAAUAUUUUACCUUGUCUACGAUGUGUCACGUUCAAUCGAACAUUCAACAUUCUUGAUAAAUUGCACAAAAAUCAAUUGGACAAAUUCAAAUGUUUCAAUAGGAGACAUUUUAACGAACAAUCAAUAUUUAAUUUAAAUACCAACGUCCCAAAAGAUGUACUUCUAUACAAAUCGUCUAGUGACAAAACAUACAAAAUGAUCAGCGUGUUUUCUAUAGUUCAGUUCGGUUUUUGGCUUACAGUUGCAGAUUCUUACAAUGUCUUAUUGAACAAAGAGCCUGACAAUAAUGUAAACCAUCAGCCAAUAUCAUGGGUAGAUAAAAUCAAAUCUCAAGGAAAAAUAACAACAAUUGGCAUUCCCAUCGCUUGUUUAUGUAUGGGUACAAUGUUAAUAGCUAUAUGCUCUGUCUACACAAUGAAAUCUGUGAAAAUGCUGGUUUUGUGUAAAGGAGGCGAUCGUUUGAGUAUAACAUCUUUUGGUUUUUUCAAUCGAAAUAUAACAACAACUAUACCUCUUGAAACAGUUAGUUGUGCUGUUGGAAGAAAUUCAAGUGGGCAAAGUAUACCACUUAAAGUCAAAGGGAAAUGGUUUCACUAUACAUUAGAUAAAAAUGGCAAAAUUUAUAAUCCCAAAUUAUUUGAUUAUACUGCGGGAUUGAGUAGGAAUGUAUAAAUAUUUUUAAUUUAUUCCAUAGUACUAUACAUUGUGUAAUUAUGAUAGGUACUUACUUUGUUUUACUGUUAUGUUCAGCAAUAUCAUUAAUUGCAAAGUUGGCAUGUCCUUCAGGUUCUUCUGUAGUAACAGUAUGUUCUACCGCAGAAAACCUAAAAUAUGAAUUUGAAUUAAAUUAAAUUAUGUUAUUUCAGAUGUAAAUUAAAUUGUAUGUUUUGAAAAUUUAAAAAGACCUGAUUAUUAUUUGGUAAA